AUGCGCUUCAAGAAAGAUUUGCUGAAAACAGCGUCGUCCUUAGCGUCUAUAGAUGUGGACUAUGCGAGUCUUGAAUAUCUUGCCGUGGGGGGAUCAGGCACAAUCUACGCGAUUAAUUCGGCUCGGAUACUAAAGGAGUUCGACGACGCGGGAAUUCAUAUGGAGCGACGCGUAUCGCAACGUCUAGGUUCCGACCAUGUCAACAUUGUGCGUUGUCUGGGCCAAACACGCGAUGGCAAGGGGCUUGUUUACGAGCGAGGGAGAAGCGUGCGCGAGGUACUGAGAGGGGGGAAUGGGAGCGACGGGGGAGAUUCGGGCAUCCCACUCGAGACGAGGGCUGCAUGGUUGAUUGAAGCCGCAGAGGGGACGCAGUAUAUGCACGACCAGGGCAUUAUUCACGCGGAUACUGGAUGUCAUAAUUGGAUUAUAGUUGGCGAGCAUCUAAAGAUCAUCGACUUUGAAGGUAGUAGCCUCGACGGAGGAGAUGCAGCGGCGUCUUAUGAGUGGUUUAGUUACAAGGAAUCUUCUCCGCGCAUCAGCGUUAAGACGGAUAUCUUCGCUUUUGGCUGCGCUGUGUAUGAAGUCGUUGCAGGUAAGCAACCAUACGACAAAUUGAUUGUAUUUGAGGAUCGGAUGCUGCGUGCUAAGAAGUUGUAUGCUGAGGGACAAUUUCCGCACGUUGAAGGCUUGCCGUUGGGGGGGUUGAUGCUGGCUUUUUGGAAGGCGUGUUUCGAUUCUAUGCAGCAGGUUGUAAGGGAACUUCAGGUGGCUGGUGUGGCAGAUACUAGUGAUGUAGACUAUGACUACGGAGAUGUGGGCAUUAGAGAAGUCAAACAACCAACAUCUUCAUACCGCUCUUACCCAGCAGAUGCUCCGGCAACCUUCACAUCGCUGGUCAAGACGUUCAACGAUUCUAUAUUGAAUGCGCAGUCUGCAUUGCAAAUAUAUGCUUCUACUACAAAGAAGAACAAUAUCAGGCGGGCGCUUAACUUGAGUAAGAUCAAGACCAGAGUUAUUCAGCAUAUUUAA